AUGGGCAUCUCAGACCAGUACGCAGAGCUGUGGAAGGCGAUUAUACGGCCUCCAAGGGAUCGAUAUGAACUCAAGGAUCUGGGCCCCAAGAGAUUUCGAAUAGCGGGACAAGUGAUCCACCGAACUGAUCUCGUGCUGGAAAAUCCUUAUGGAAAGCAUUUACAAUGCAGUUGGUUUCAACCGGAACGCAGACCGGCCAAAGAGCUCCCCUGUGUUGUUUAUCUCCACGGAAACUGCAGCUCUCGCAUUGAGGGCCUGUCUGCGCUUCCGGUCCUCCUGCCCUUUGGGAUCACAGUUUUUACUUUCGAUUUCGCAGGCUCGGGGAGAUCUGAUGGAGAGUACGUCAGCUUAGGUUACUUCGAAAAAGACGAUCUCGCGUGCGUAGUAGAGCACCUCAGAGCGACGGGAACUGUCAGCACCAUUGGUCUGUGGGGUCGUAGCAUGGGAGCGGCGACAGCACUACUCCAUGGUGACAGGGACCCCAGUAUAGCCGGGAUGGUGCUGGACUCGCCCUUCCAAGAUCUGCGUAUAGUAGCUGAAGAGUUGGUAAUAGAAUUCGGUGGUUUUCGAGUGCCAAAGUUCGUGGUUAACAUUGCGAUGAGUAUGAUACGUAAUUCUAUUAAAAGCCGAGCUGAUUUCGACAUCAACGAUUUGGUGCCCAUAAAACAUGUUGACAGGACUUUCAUCCCUGCACUUUUCGUAGCUGCCGAGGGUGACACCUUCGUGAAACCGCAUCAUGCUCGGGCAUUGUAUGACGCCUACGCUGGUGACAAGAAUUUGUCUGCUGGCAUCACUCGUAAAACCAUUCAGGUCCCCUACCGGUGGCCCCACAGGUUCGCGACCAUUCUCACUCGCCCCCAAGUACGAUGCCUCAGCGGCGGCCGUUGGGAACUGAGAAUAGCCGAGGUCAACCUCUGGGGUUGA